AUGCCGGACACGCCACCAAAGCCCUUCCGCCUGCCGGAUACAUUCUGGGAGCCGACGCCGCUGCAGGCACAGCUGGCAAAGGAGAAGAUCACGUUCCGUGAUCUUGACAUCAUUCAGCACUUCCUGGCCGACAAUGGGUAUAUCUUACCACGGCGGACAACCAUGCUUUCUCGCAAGAAGCAGAAGGAGUUGGUGGCGGCGGUGGUGACUGCUCAGCACUUGGCCUUGCUGCCAUACAGGGCAAAGCUGAAGGACUACCAGGUCAUGCCGCUGAUGGAUCCUCUCCAAUGGAUGGCUGAUCGUUUAACAGACCGCGUCCGUGAGGACAAGGAUCUGCGAAGCCGCGCGAUGCUCCAGGUCAUGAUGGAACGCUAUCCCGAGCUCAACUACAGAAACUUCCUGAAGCACGAGGCAAGUUUUUGCGCGCUAUGA